AGUGGCUGCGGGAGCGGGCGGGAAGCGGCGGGGGAGCGGGCAGGGGCCGGGCUGGGGACCCGCCAUGUGAGAGGCCCUGACAGCGCCAGAUUACUCAUUACAUCAGUAGAAAUGGACAGCAGCAGUUUCAUUCAGUUUGAUGUGCCCGAGUACAGCAACACUGUUCUGAGCCAGUUAAAUGAACUCCGCUUGCAAGGAAAGCUAUGUGACAUAAUUGUGCACAUUCAGGGUCAGCCAUUUCGAGCCCACAAAGCUGUCUUAGCAGCCAGUUCUCCAUAUUUCCGUGACCAUUCAGCAUUAAGCACCAUGAGUGGCUUAUCAAUAUCAGUUAUAAAAAAUCCCAAUGUUUUUGAACAGUUGCUUUCUUUUUGUUACACUGGAAGGAUGUCCUUGCAGCUGAAGGAUGUUGUUAGUUUUCUGACUGCAGCUAGCUUCCUACAGAUGCAGUGCGUCAUUGACAAAUGCACACAGAUACUGGAGAGUAUUCACUCAAAGAUCAGUGUCGGUGAUGUUGACUCUGUCACUGUUGGUGCUGAAGAAAAUUCAGAAAAUCGCAAUGGAGUUAAGGACAGCAGCUACUUUGCCAACCCUAUUGAGAUCUCUCCCCCCUAUUGCUCUCAGGUGCGACAGUCAACAGCAGGCAGCGAUCUUAGGAUGGAAAGUACUCCAGGCAAAACUCUACGUAGUCGCCUGCAAGAAGAAGGGCAUUCAGAUCGAGGAAGCAGUGGGAGUAUCUCUGAAUAUGAGAUUCAGAUUGAAGGUGAUCAUGAGCAUGGAGACCUGAUAGUAAGGGAAAGUCAGAUUGCAGAGGUGAAAGUUAAAAUGGAAAAGUCUGACAGGCCAAGCUGCUCUGAUAGCUCUUCCCUUGGUGAUGAUGGGUAUCAUACUGAAAUGGUGGAUGGAGAGCAGGUGGUUGCAGUAAAUGUUGGUUCCUAUGGGUCUGUCUUACAACAUGUUUAUUCAUUUACCCAUGCCUCAUCACAGGCUACAGGUGUGUCUGAAGCCUUUGGAAGCCUGAGCAAUACAAGUCCUUCAAGGUCAAUGCUGAGCUGUUUCAGAGGAGGUCGUGCACGCCAAAAACGGGUAUCCACUGGUCACUUGCACAGUGAUGUUCAGGGCUUGGUGCAGGGGGCUGACAGUGAAUCCAUGGUGAGUAACCCCGGAUAUGAAAACAGUCCACGAGAAAGAAAUACAAGAGGUCAUUGGUACCCAUACAGUGAGAGGUUAAUUUGUAUUUACUGUGGGAAGUCUUUCAACCAGAAAGGGAGCUUAGAUCGGCACAUGCGACUGCACAUGGGAAUAACUCCUUUUGUGUGCAAGUUCUGUGGGAAGAAAUACACCCGCAAGGACCAACUUGAGUAUCAUAUUCGUGGUCACACAGAUGACAAGCCCUUUCGCUGUGAGAUCUGUGGAAAAUGUUUUCCUUUCCAGGGUACACUCAACCAGCAUUUGCGAAAAAAUCACCCUGGAGUAACAGAAGUAAGAAACAGGGUAGAGUCUCCGGACAGAACAGAAGGGUUUGUGGAUCAGAAAGUAGAUAAUGAUGCUUCAGCUUCUGAAGCUAUGGAUUCUAGUAUGGAAAUUCAUGCAAUGGCUCACACAUCUGAUUAAAAUACUACAUUCUAAGUGCAACACAAACAAGCACAUUACUAAUAUAUUUUUAAAAUAUUUUAGUAAUCUUCAUUACAUCAGCCUUUUAAUUUUGCUGAGCUUCUAGAAAUCAGUUUGAAAUGGUUUCUGGAGAAGACUACAUAAGUUGUGUUUUGUUGUUUUUUUUUUUGAAGGAGGCUGGGUUGGUUCUUUUUGGGUUUUUUUACUUUUGAGGAUGCUCAAAAUGUAAAAAACUGUGGUGGGGAAAGGACAGGAAGAGUCUGCUGAAGUGUUCCUACUGAUUGAUCUGGCAAGACACAAAUUUCAGUGGAGUAAGAUACUAGAAUUAAGAUUGGCAGCUCUGCUGGUUACACCAAGAAGCUGUAACCUCCUGAAUUUCCUAAAUCCCAUUGCUGGUAAUGAGUCAUGUAGGGGCAGGGAGAGAGAAUAUUGUGGCUUUGAUUGCUUCCAUGUGUCAAGAUGGAAUAUUUUUGCUUUUACUAACUGUUUUUUUAGUCUGUUUAUAUAUAUAAAUUUGCUUUAUAUAUAUAAAAUGCUUUCACUUUUCCUAUUCUGGUAGAGGUGAAUGUAAAAGUAAGUCAAGGUUUAUACCAUGUACUGCUCUUUGAAUGGCUAAGUCUCCUCCCUGCUUAGGAUUUAGGACUUCAGACUCUGGGGGGAUGGUUUUGGUUUUAAAAGAAUGUUGUUUGCUUUUCAUUUUAUUAAACUAUUAUUUUGUGUGCAAAAGUGAGCAAAGUGAAUGAUCUUGUUUUAAUAGCUUUGCUUUAUAACAUGUAAACCAAAUGCCAUAAACCUAUUAAAUUAUGGUUAAAUUGUUGAGAGGGGUUUUGUUAGUUGUCUAGAAUGCAAGCUGGACAACCUGUGGUGCUGACAUUUUAUAUAUAUAGAGAUAGAUAUAUCUAUAUAUAUUAAC